AUGUAUGCAUGGAUAGAUGAUUGAUGGAUGGAUGCAAGGAUGGAUGAUGGAUGGAUGAUGGUUGGAUGGAUGGAUGGAAGGACAGACGGAUUGUUGGAUGGAUGGAUGAUGGAUUGAUGGAUGGAUGGAUGGAUGACUUUCAACAACAGCAGCAUUAUACUCCAGGUUGUGUUUUCAGUCUUAUGGUAACUUCUGACUGUUUCUGGUCCAUCAGGUGGUUCGUCUCCUUCAGAUCUUCCAGAUGUCCACCAGGCAGAUGAUAAACUAUCAGUGUGUUUUUAAAUUCACAUAAGCUUCAACCGACCGUCCGGAUUCUGCUCCAGGACUCUCGUCUUCGUCCAACCUUGUGGCGUCGAAGCGUCCGUUCUCCUUCCUGUGGCGUCCUCGUCCUCCAGAGAGAAAAUCAAUCUUGGAAAGAGAAUCCCAGCAGCAGCUCCUCGUCCUCGUCCCGUCCUCCUCCGGAUAUAAACCGCUUCCUUUCAUCUCUGCUUCCUAGAAAGCUUCCUGACACUUUUCUGGCACUUUAUUAAUUCAUAUUUUUACUUUUUUUGGGUUUUUUUUUCUCUGCCAGCUUCUUUUCUCUUUUUACUCUGGUGUUUUUUGUUGUUUUUGAGCCACAGGUGUGACAGGAAGAGAAAGGAAUUCGUCUCCGGGCGUCCGAACAUCUCCUCCAACUUCAGACAUCAUGUCCACCCCGGUGUCCCCUCCCCCGUCCCUCUCCCCCCUGACCCUGGCCUCCCCAGCCUCCUCCUCCCCCGGCGGUGCCUCCUCGUCCCCCCUGCCGUCUCCCCUGUCUCCUCCUCCCAGGGUUCCGGUGUUCCAGAGGAAAGGAGCUCUGAAGCACAAACGCAUCGUGGAGGUGAAGGACCACCAGUUCACGGCGAGGUUCUUCAAGCAGCCCACCUUCUGCAGCCACUGCACUGACUUCAUCUGGGGCAUCGGCAAACAGGGAUUCCAGUGUCAAGUUUGCAGCUUUGUGGUUCAUAAAAGAUGCCACGAGUUCGUGACCUUCACGUGUCCCGGAUCAGUGACGGAGCCCAGACCUGACGACCUGAAGAGUCGACACACUUUUAAAGUCCACACGUAUUCCAGUCCGACGUUCUGCGACCACUGUGGCUCGCUGCUGUACGGACUCAUCCACCAGGGCAUGAAGUGUGCCUGCUGCGACAUGAACGUCCACCGGCGCUGUGAGACCAGCGUUCCCAGUCUGUGUGGUCAGGACCACACCGAGAAGAGAGGCCGGAUCCACCUGACAAUCCGGGGCGAGAAGGAGGACGUCUACGUCACGGUCCGGGAGGCUCGGAACCUGAUGCCGAUGGACCCCAAUGGCCUCUCGGACCCGUACGUCAAACUGAAACUGAUCCCGGAUCCCAAGAGCCACAGCAAACAGAAGACCAAGACCAUCCGCUCCACGCUCAACCCCAUCUGGAACGAGAGCUUCACCUUUUCCGUCCGGGGCCACCAGUGGGACCGGCGCCUGUCGGUGGAGAUCUGGGACUGGGACCGGACGUCCAGGAACGACUUCAUGGGAGCUCUGUCCUUUGGAGUCAGUGAGAUCUUCAGGCGUCCCAUCAGCGGCUGGUUCAAGCUGCUGGCUCAGGAUGAAGGAGAAUAUUACAACAUCCCAGUACCGGACCCAGACCUGCAGGAGCCCCAGCCAGAUGGCUCCGCCCCUUCCCUGCCUCAGGUCCUCCCCUCUCCGCUGUCCGAGUCCUUCCCAGUGGCCCUGAGUCCGGUCCCGGUCCUGUCCUGCCCCCCCAUCCUGAGUCCCGGGAAGGUCAAAGUGGGAAUCCACGACUUCAACUUCCUCAUGGUUCUGGGGAAAGGAAGCUUCGGGAAGGUGCUGCUGGCGGAGGAACGAGGCAGCGAGCGUCUGUUUGCCGUCAAAGUCCUGAAGAAAGACGUCCUUUUCCAGGACGAGGACACGGAGAGCGCUCUGGUGGAGAGGAGGGUUCUGGCUCUGGCCUCCCGUCCUCAUUUCCUCACGUCGCUGUACUGCGCCUUCCAGACCGAGGACCGGCUGUACUACGUGAUGGAAUACGUCAACGGAGGAGACCUGAUGUUCCACAUUCAGAUCGUCGGGAAGUUUAAAGAGGCUCACGCAGCGUUUUAUGCAGCAGAGAUUGCAGUCGGCCUCUUCUUCCUCCACAGCAAAGGCAUCAUCUACAGGGACCUGAAGCUGGAUAACGUCCUGCUCGACAGCGAGGGCCACAUAAAGAUCGCAGACUUUGGGAUGUGCAGGGAGGGCAUGUUUGAGGGCGACACCACCCGGACCUUCUGCGGUACGCCUGAUUACAUCGCCCCGGAGAUCGUGGCCUACCAGCCCUAUAACAAAGCCGUGGACUGGUGGUCGUACGGAGUGCUGCUGUACGAGAUGCUGGCCGGACAGCCUCCGUUUGACGGCAUCGAUGAGGAGGAGCUGUUUCAGUCCAUCAUGGAGCAAAGCGUCUCGUAUCCUAAAAGUCUGACUCGUGAAGCCGUCGCUAUCUGCAAAGGACUGCUGACCAAACAUCCUGCCAAGCGUCUGGGUGGAGGAGAGGAGGCGGAGAGAGAGAUCAGAGAGCAUCCUUUCUUCCGCUGGAUCGACUGGGACCGACUGGAGAGACUGGAGAUCCCUCCACCCUUCAAACCCAGAACUGGCGGGAGGAAAGGUGAGAACUUUGACAAGUUCUUCACAGGAACUUCGUCGGCGUUGACUCCCUCCGACCCGGAGAUUCUUGCCGCCAUCAACCAGGAGGACUUCCAGGGUUUCUCCUUCCUGAACCCAGACUUUGCCCCGUCGCCUCUCACCGCCGUUUGAAAAUGGCCUCUGUCCCUCUCCCCAGUGCUCCCAGUUCUCCCAGUUCCUCCUCCUGUAGUAGUUUUCUGGCAGAGAAUUUAAACAAGAGAACUUUAAUUCUGACGUUUACAGCGAGAAGACACACCUUGAAGCUCUGCAGAUCUUCUGAUGUAGGAGAACCGUAGUAGAACCUGAACUUUCUGCAUGCAGCUUGUUUUUAUAGCUCUAGUCCUUGAACCUUUAAUCAGACCACAUAGAGGAUUUAACAGUUUCUUUGUGUUUAUUACAGUAACUCAGCAGCACUAAAGCGUCUCUCACUCUGUUUGUUUUAGCUGAAGAUUCUCUGACUGCGACUCAAACUGAGCUGGUUGUUAGUUCAGGAGGGCUGACUGUCAGUCCUCAGCGUGACUCCAGAUGACCUGAUGAAACAUUUAAACAACAAUCUUCUUCUUCUUCUCUGCUCUGAUGUCGUCAUCUUCUUCUUCUUGUUCAUCAUCUUCAUCUUCGUCUUUUUCUUUAUCUUCUUCUCCUUCUCUUCCUUCUUCUUUUUCUUCUUAUUCUUCUUCAUCUUCUCCUUCAUUUUCUUUAUCUUCGUCUCCUUCUUAUCCUUCGUCAUCAUCAUCGCUUCUCCUUCUUGUCCUUCUCCUUCUUCUCCUCCUUCUUCGUCUUCUUCUUUUUCUUAUUAUUUUUCUCCUCUGCUCUGACAUCUUCAUCUUUUUCUUCAACUUCUUCAUCUCCUUGUUCUUCAUCUUUUUUCUUAAUCUUCUCAUUUUUCUUCCUCUCCUCCUUCUUCUUCUCCAUCAUCAUCUUCGUCUUUUUCUUUAUCUUCUUCUCCUUCUCUUCCUUCUUCUUUUUCUUCUUAUUCUUCUUCAUCUUCUCCUUCAUUUUCUUUAUCUUCGUCUCCUUCUUAUCCUUCGUCAUCAUCAUCGCUUCUCCUUCUUGUCCUUCUCCUUCUUCUCCUCCUUCUUCUCCUUCAUCAUGCUGAACAGAGAGGUUGAGUUUUAACGCUGAUCUCUCCUAAACUACCUCCAGCUCAGUUUGUGUUGUCGUCUCUCCCUCUGUUUGUGUGUUUUAGCUUCGUAUUCUUUGACUCCGACUCAAACUGAGAGUUAGUUUAGGAGGGCUGGCCGUCGCUCCUCUGGCCCGAUUCGACCUUUUUUGGUUCAGCGUGAGUCCAGAUGACCCGAUGAAACGUUUAAACAACGCUCGAUGUGACGGUUAAUGCGGUUGCAGUUCAGACUGUUGCAGGGAUUCCUCACAGUACAGCAGCAUUACUUCAGAAUCAGUGUUCUUCCUGAGCUCUACAUGGAUUAAUCCUCUCUUACAACAUCUUAACGUCAAAUUUCUUUUUAUUUUUGAUGCAAUUUUAGAACAAAGUCCUCUUAAUAACGUCCAGGUACUCAUAAUUAUGAACUUAGCGGUGCAGAACGCAGAGCUUUUGGCUGUGUAAUGACGUACUGGCAGCAUUGAUUAGGAGUAAUUAAAAGUGGGGCUCGCUGGGACAGUUCAAUACGUGGAAAAAUAAUAGCAGCGCUGGCGUUAAACGCUGCCUGAACGGGGCAGGUGGUGGUUUAAUAACCCCUUAUUUCACCAACCAGCUGCUCCAUAAACGCAGAUGUUUUAACCCAAACAUCUUCUAGCUCGGCUUGAGUUGAAGUCAAACAUCAGAAACCUCCAAUAAUCAGUCCCUCCAGGAUUUCAUGGGCUUUUUUUCAGAUUGUUGGAGCCUAAAAUGCCUGAAUUUGCAGUGAUUUUGAUGCAAGUUGUGAUGUUUUAAGCAUAUUUGUUGCGAUGAAAUUGCAGGAGACAGUGGCACUGGCUAAAAAGUUGCUUUUUAUUUAUUCUGAAGCUAAUUCUUUAACAGGCUUCAACCCAUUUAUAAACCUCAACAAAAACAAGACAAAAUAUUAGAAAAAUUAAACACAAAACAACAAAAAUGGCACAUAAAACAGCGAAUGAAGUGAAACACAAAAUGACAAAAAAGACAAAAACAAGCGAGACAAAAAGGAAACACAAAACGACAAAAACAAGAAAAAAUGACAAAAAAUGACAAGUCAGACAAAAAAGACCAAAAACAACAAAACCAAGACAAAAUAUUACAAAAAUGACACACAAAAGAACAAUGAACAAUCUAGUAUUUUACUUUCUGAUCCAAACAACUUGUCAUGGUCUAGAAUUGAUUUUAAAUUUACAGUUUUACUAAUUUACAAUCUGCAGUUAAUGUCUUCUCUGUAAUUUUUGCACUUUGAGGACCGGAUUGGACCCUCUGGAGGACUGGUUUUCAGAUCCCCAGGUAAUACUGAUAACGUGCGAAUAGUCGUUUUAUUUUUUGCAGCAAUUUUUGUUGGUAAACGAGACAUUGGAAUCGGACACGUCUGGAUCUUCAAACCAUAAACGCAAACAUUGCAAAUUCCUGGAGGGACUGAAGACACGAUCGAUAACAGAUGGAAUGAUAGAUGAUUCAUGUUUGUUUUCAUGUGCUGGAAUAAAGAAGAAAUCUAAAUAAACUGAGAAAAGAA